GCCACAAAAUUUAGUUUAUACUUGGAGGCAGAUGGAGGACCUUUUCCAUAUCUAGUUUUACCGUAGUGAGCCAGAAGUGUCCAUGGCAAAUUUAUCUUGUUUGGUGCAGCGACCUGGAGAAACAUCUGAGGCAUUUCUUGCCAAAUUUUGGAAGGCCAGACUUAAGUGCAGAGUUGCCCUGCCAGAACAGGAAUUUGUCAAGCUGGCACAAAAAGGUCUGGACAUUGAGUUAAGGAAAAAGUUUGAGGGAAUAAAGUUUCGUGAUUUCUUUGAGUUGUCUUACAAGGUGGCUCAUUAUGAAAAUUUAUUGCGAGAGGACACACAAAGGAAAUCUGCAUCUCAUGGGACUUAUUAUGGUGAUGCUAACUUUGAUCUGGACAUGGCAGAAGUGGUGGCAGACAAGCCAGUUGUUUGCCCAGAUUUGGUUAAAGUGGCUCAAAAUCUGGUAGAGCACAGAUUACCAAUUAGAGAAGAUUUCAAGCCUUUUAAACAGCCACCUAGACGAAUGUCUCUAGAAGUCACCUUGAAAGUCAAAGAAGAGAUAGAGUGGCUGUGGAAGGUUGGUUUCAUCAGAACUUCCAAAUAUGUGGAAUGGUUAUCUAAUGUGGUUCCCGUGGUUAAGAAGAAUGGCAAAUUCAGAAUCUGUGUAGACUUCAAAAAUCUGAAUUUGACAACACCAAAAGAUAAAUAUCCUAUGCCUAUUGCAGAUUUAUUGGUGGAUAGUGCAGCACGCCAUCGAAUUCUAUCAUUCAUGGAUGGCCACAGUGGAUACAACCAGAUUUUUAUAGUAGAAGAGGACAUUCCAAAGGCCGCUUUUCGUUGCCCGGGAGCUAUUGGUACGUAUGAAUGGGUGGUAAUGCCAUUUGGUUUAAAAAAUGUGGGUGCAACUUAUCAAAGAGCCAUGAAUGCCAUCUUUCAUGACAUGAUUAGUCGUUUUAUGGAAAUUUAUAUUGAUGAUAUGGUUGUGAAGUCUAAUGAGGUUGAGGAGCAUCUGGGGCAUUUAAAGUUGGCUUUUGAAAGAAUGAGAAAAUAUGGUCUGAAGAUGAACCCUUUAAAAUGUGCAUUUGACGUUUCUGUUGGAAAUUUUAUGGGAUAUCUAGUGCAUGAGCGAGGUCUGGAAGUGGGUCAAAACAAGGCAAGAGCUGUUAUUGAAGCACAGCCACCAAGAAGUAAGAAGGAAUUACAAAGAUUCCUUGGGCAACUAGAUUUCAAUUGCACCAACAACCAAGCUGAAUAUGAGGUGUUGAUUAUUGGAUUGGAAGUGUUGGUAGAGCUUAAGUGGGAGGAAGCAAAGCCAAUGAAGAAGGUUGACCAGAUCGAUAUUACUAAAUUUCUUAAGGAAGAAAUCAUUCACAGAUUUGGUUUGCCAGAAACAGUGACUUUAGAUCAGGGGACAGUUUUUGUUGGUGCACAAGUUGAGGCAUUUGCAAAGGAGAUGGGAUUUAUGUUACUCAUUUCAAUCCCUCAUUAUGCUCAAGCCAAUGGUCAAGCUGAAGUUUCCAACAAAAUUAUGAUAAAUCUGCUUGAAAAAAUGGUUGAUGAUAAUCCAAGGCGUUGGCAUGAGUUGUUAUUUGACACAAUCUGGGCUUACAGAACUUCACAAAAGAGUUCUACCAAGGUAACUCCAUUUUCUUUAACUUAUGGACAUGAUGUUGUUCUACCCAUGGAGUUGUCUGCUAGAUCAUUACGUAUAGCAAUUCAAUGUGGUCUCACUUUUGGAGAAUAUAAUGAAGCAAUGAUUCUAGAGUUAGAAGACCUUGAAGGUAUGCGAUUAACGGCCUCAAAUAGGCUGCAAACGCAGAAAUUAAAAGUGGCUCAAGCAUACAACAAACGGGUGAAAUCCAGAAGUCUGGCAGAAGGACAUCUAGUAUGGAAAGUAAUUCUGCCACCUGGAAAGAAAGACCCCAGAUUUGGGAAAUGGUCUCCAAAUUGGGAAGGACCAUUUUGUAUACAUGAAGUGCUUAGAGGAGGAGCAUAUUGGCUUGAAUCAUUAAAUUGAGAGUUACAUCAUCGAAAAAUAAAUGAAAUCUACCUUAAGCCUUACUAUCCUAUGAUAUGUGAGGCUAGGGGUUCAGAUACCAUUGAUUCUACUUGAGAUAGAUUUGAGGUAGGAUUUGUACAGUAUUUUAUUUCAUUGUUUAGCAUUUUAUCAUUCAAUAAAAGUGUUGAGUCGAA